CUCGUUUGUAUUGAACCCCGGUAUUAAAUUUCACCGGAUAUUAUCACCUGUACAACGAUCGGCAGAGGAACAGUCCCACGACUGAAGCCAUGCCCUGCGUCCAGGCUCAGAAUGGCUCGUCCCCGCAGGGCGCGAGUCCUGCGUCUCAGAGCUACAGUUACCACACCAGCGGAGAAUACAGCUGCGAUUUCCUCACGCCAGAGUUUGUGAAGUUCAGCAUGGAUUUGACCAAUACCGAGAUCACCGCCGCCACCACCUCUCUGCCAAGCUUCAGCACCUUCAUGGACAACUACAACACCUGUUAUGACGUAAAGCCGCCUUGUCUUUACCAGGUGCCCCAUUCUGGAGAACAGUCCUCUAUCAAAGUGGAGGAACUCCAGAUGCACACAUACCAUCAGCAGUCAGAGGAGAUGAUGGCUCACUCCGGGCCUAUGUACUUCAAACCGUCCUCACCUCACGCUCCAGGAACGGCCAACUUCCAGGUUCAGCCCAGUCAUAUGUGGGAUGACCCAAGCUCCCUGCACACUUUUCAUCAGAACUAUAUGACCACACAUAUGAUAGAUCAGCGCAAAAACCCAGUGUCCAGGCUCUCCCUCUUCUCCUUCAAACAUUCUCCACCCGGAACCCCUGUUUCCAGCUGUCAGAUGCGCUUUGAGGGACCUUUCCAUGUGUCCAUGGGGCACGACAGUCCUGGAGCGCACAGAGCAAUGGAAAGCCAGAGAUUCGCAGUGCCCAGUGCCAUCAGGAAACAGGCGGGAAUCGCUUUCACGCACUCCCUGCAGCUCAGUCACGGCCAUCAACUGAUGGACAGUCAGGUGCCGUCACCCCCGUCAAGAGGAUCUCCGUCCAGCGAAGGUUUGUGCGCGGUGUGUGGGGACAACGCGGCUUGUCAGCACUAUGGAGUCCGAACGUGUGAAGGGUGCAAAGGAUUCUUCAAGAGAACAGUACAGAAGAAUGCCAAAUAUGUCUGUUUAGCCAAUAAAAACUGUCCUGUGGAUAAACGCCGGAGAAACAGAUGUCAGUAUUGCCGAUUUCAGAAGUGCCUGGUGGUCGGAAUGGUGAAAGAAGUUGUUCGGACCGCCAACUUAAAGGGUCGGCGAGGCCGUUUACCCUCCAAACCCAAAAGUCCGCAGGAGUCUUCGCCCCCCUCUCCGCCCGUCAGUUUGAUCAGCGCUCUGGUCAGGGCUCAUGUGGACUCCAACCCUUCUAUGAGGAGCCUCGACUACACCAGAUUCCAAGCCAACCCGGACUACCAACUGAGUGGAGAUGACACACAGCACAUCCAGCAGUUCUACGACCUCCUCACCGGAUCCAUGGAAAUCAUCCGCGGAUGGGCAGAAAAGAUUCCCGGGUUCACCGACCUGCCUAAACCGGACCAGGACUUGCUGUUCGAGUCUGCCUUCCUGGAGCUCUUCGUGUUGCGCCUGGCGUACAGGUCCAACCCGAUGGAAGGCAAACUCAUCUUCUGUAACGGAGCGGUGCUGCACAGGCUGCAGUGCGUCCGUGGAUUUGGCGAGUGGAUUGACUCUAUAGUGGAAUUCUCGUCUAAUCUCCAGAACAUGAAUUUAGACAUAUCUGCUUUCUCAUGCAUCGCCGCCUUAGCCAUGGUCACAGAGAGACACGGACUGAAAGAACCCAAGAGAGUGGAGGACCUUCAAAACAAGAUAGUAAACUGUCUGAAAGACCAAGUCACGUUCAACGGAGGCGGCUUGAAUCGUCCAAACUAUUUGUCCAAACUGUUGGGUAAACUUCCCGAACUUCGCACACUGUGCACACAGGGUCUGCAGCGCAUCUUCUACCUAAAACUAGAAGACCUGGUCCCACCGCCAGCAAUAAUCGACAAACUGUUUCUUGACACUUUGCCCUUUUAAACCGAGAGAAAACGAUUUCAAACAACAUCAGAGCACUUCCAAUGACUCUUUUGAAAACUGAAAGCCGUUUGUUUGUUUUUCGUCAGUAAUUACCAAAUGACCUGCGCUUUCGGAGAGAGUGAGGAAAAAGAAUAACAAAUCUAAAGCCUGGAAGAAAACACGAAAAAUAAUAAUAUAAUCGGCAGGUAAAUUUGACCAGUUACACUAUUGCAAAUAAAGAUGCUUCGCAAUGCCAUAGAAGAACAUCUCUCUAUAAAUGGUUCCAUAAAAUAGCCUUUAACAUU